AUGGUCCUCGUCCACCGCUACCACGCCUCCGUCGAGCACUCCGAGCUGCUCUCCACUGCCACCGGGGCAUCUGCAGACACCCCAGCCAAGCGCAGCACACCUGCAAAAACAACCCCGACGAGAAGCGCGCUCGGCUCCGAAGCGCGCGAGUGGGCGCGGGCGCUCGCGCUGCCCGCGGCGGACGUGUGCGAGCUGCUCGAGCGGCUGCAGGGCGACCCGGACGCCUCGCAGGAGAAUGUCUUCCACCUGUGCCUCCCGCCCGCGCUGUUCGCGGGCGUGCUGCUGCUCGCGUCGAGCCUGCUGCGCGGGCGGGAGGCGGGGGAACAGGUGGGAGGAGGGGAAGACGGCCGGGAGGAUGUAUGGAGACGGUUGGUGGUGUAUGGGGGUAUGGCGCUUGUCGCGGUGGCGACGUUGAGGGUUAUGGUGUGGGUGGGGGCGAGGGGGGUCAGGGAGACUGUCAAGUGCAGUAGGAGGGAUAAUGCGGCGACGGCGUUUAGUAAGCCGAACUCUCCGCUGUUGAAGCAAGCGAUCGAGUUCGAGGGGAUACCGAUGCGGUUAUGA